UCCAUGUGUAUUAUGACUUGUAGUGAGUACCGUCAUUCAAUCUCGUCUUCACUGCUUGUAUCUACUCACCUUUUACUCAGAACUACAAGCCCAGACUGCUGGCCCGUACUCGAACUGCUUUGUGACUCUCCCAAGAGCAUAUCUGUACACCUCAAUCAUGGACAGCAGCAUGAUGUCGAUGAACGGCAUGAGUAGCAUGAGUAUGACGAUGUCUACGUCCGCUUCGCCAACCUCCACAAUGUCGGGAAUGUCGACGGCGAGUUCCAUGAGCAGUUCCAUGCCGAUGGCAUCAUCUACCACCAUGCUCAUGGGAAUGGAAUCCAUGGCCAUGGUGUUCUUCGCCUCUACGAGCACACCUCUCUUCUCCUGGUCCUGGUCGCCGAACAGCAUCGGACAGUAUGCUGCGACCUGCAUCUUUCUGAUUGCCUUCGCGUCUAUUUUUCGGGCCUUGUUAGCCGUUCGAGUGCGAUUUUACGAUCUCCUGGCAGGGGCAAAAUAUCGCCGCAUCGGUGGUAUGGGGAGUGCACCGCUCACCGACACAAAACCAACCUCCAGACCAUGGAGAGCCAAUGAGGCAGUGAUGAUGGCGACGAUUGAUGUUGUUCUCGCGGGUCUCAGUUACUUACUGAUGAUUGCGGUGAUGACUAUGAAUGUCGGAUACUUCCUGUCAGUCUUAGGUGGGGUUUUUCUGGGAAGCAUGGUGUUUGGACAUUUUAUAGCCAACUCUGCGGCACAUUGAUGAGGACUCAUGCGCCACGGCAGUAUCGGGACAAAUACCACUUCUCCUCUCUGACACCAACAGUCCCGUCGUUACCCUAUGAAAAGGAAUAGGGCGAAGCAAAUAGGAUGAAACCAAGUCCCCUUGAUCAAGGUACCAGUGGUCUUGGAACAGACAUACACAUACCUAUACCUUACAGGAUGUAAUGGGAUCACGGUCUGCAGGCACACGUGGCCCACAUGGGCGGAUCCUAGCCAUUGACGGUUCCGAUCACGUUUGAGCGGGUUCUUGAGCAAGUUUUGUAGCGCCAGGCUAGAAGGCCUUAAAGUAUUGCCAACAAGAGCCCGAGGUCCAGUUUCGUUCAUCAUCCAAUAAAUGGCAACCAAAUUCCGUGUUAUCGGCCAGCGCAUCUUCUUCCAUCGCUAGGAACCGAUGGGAUGCUAAUGCGUGGAUUGAUGUUGUUCUGCUAUGAAGUUCUUGAUGGGUUUCUAAAUGGGCUUUUAAGCUUCCAAUGUCGUUGUUAGCAGUAGUGCUGACCACAAAGAAGUGUUAAUCGUAAGUAUAGAGGUGUCUCAUGAAGUAAACCGACCGACACGCAUGCCGAAGGUGUUCGGAACGCGGUCCCUGUGCCCGUGACAUGGGUUUCUCCACGUUAUGGACCUCGGGCACCUGGUCGGGACCCCUCACCUCACCGAGCACCACAUAAGGUCCAAUUCACACUGAUCAGGAGUUGGAAACUUGGGACUAACUCUACACAUCUCAGGGUCUCGCUAGAAGGAUACCGGACAGUAUGGCUCAACUCGAGGGCAAAGUAAUCGCAAUUACAGGUGCAGGCUCUGGCAUCGGAGCCGCGACUGCUCGCCUGGCCGCAGCCAGAGGGGCGUCCCUGUCUCUGUGCGACGUCAACGAAGGCGCACUCAACAAAGUUCUUGAAGAGUUGAAAGGCAAAGGGACCAAUGUCAUCAGCCAGCGCGUCGACGUAUCGAACUCGGACAGCGUGGACAGCUGGAUCGCCGACACCGUCAAGCACUUCGGCAAGCUGGAUUGCGCAGCGAACGUCGCAGGAGUCGAGGCUAAACCGGGCGGAAAAGUCUUCUGCAAUAUCGUCGACACUACCAACGAGCACUGGGAUUUUAUCAUGAACAUCAACUUGAAGGGACUCUUCUACUGUCUCCGGGCGCAGCUCCGUGUCAUGGAAAGAGGCGCCUCAAUCCUGAACGUCGCCAGCAUGGCUGGGCUUAUGGGUAGGCCCGGAAUCUCAGCGUACUCGUCGAGCAAACAUGGUGUUGUUGGGUUGACGCGGACUGCCGCCAAAGAGGUCGGUGAGAGGGGGAUCCGGGUGAACGCUCUGGCUCCGGGACCGAUCGAAACGCCUAUGCUCGACAGACUUAGAAGCGAUGGUGGUACAGUCGAUCGACCGGUCACGAAUACCUACAAGACUCUGCCACUGCAGAGAUUGGGUACGGCGGAUGACAUGGCGAAGACGAUCUGCUUUGCGCUGAGCGACGAUGCCUCGUUCACUACUGGCGCCACCUUCUCUGCGGAUGGUGGUGUUGCUUGCUAAAGAGGCCAAGGGGACGUCGACUAAGCAAAAGGAGUUGAUUGUCCAGGCACGCUGCUGUGCGCCAUACGUAUGGUAGGAGCCUCAUCCACCUCGAUAGCCCUGACAAUAACACAAAUUGGACCAUGACUGGCCUAUGAUCCUGCUGAUCUCAUUCAAUUCUCUCUGCAAAUCUCACCAUGUGCCAGCAGUCAUAUAUUCGGGUGGAGCCAGAGGGCUAGUAGUCCGUAGAUACGUCUUUUCAAGGCUCAUAUCUGGAAUAAGUGGCCACUACUCGCUGCCUGCGACGUCAGACAGACCAGGAGAUGGUUGUGACACGGUUGCGCGGAUUUCUAGCGUAGUAGACGGCGGCGGCGGAUAAUAAGAGUUAAGAUUAUCACUUCACGGAUGGCUAAUUGGAAC